GGAAAAGGUUCUUGUUUUUUCUCAGCAGCCUUAUUCACAUCACCAUAGGCAUAUUUUUCCUGUUCUUGAGAAAUAGGAGGAACCUGCAACUGUGUAGAUAAGGGAUCAUCCGCCAAUUCGGUGUCAGAAUUAUCCAAGCUGAGCUCGGGGACUUCUUCAUCUAAUAAUAAGGUGUGUUGGUAAGGGGUUUUUGGCUCUGAAAUUUUCAUCGUAGAACUUUUCUGUGCUUCAGCUAAGCGCAAGUUUUCUUCAUCCCAGCGAAGCCUGCGACUGCUUUCGGUAGAAAGUGAACGAUUUAAUUCAGGCCUUUCGUCUGAGUUCGUCAUUACAGCGGUGACGGGCAAUUUCAAGCUCUCAUUCUUUGUCUCUUCGUGAUCUGAUUCUACAGGUUUUGAGCCGCUCUGCGUCCUUUUCAGAAUUGAUUUUACAUGCAUUAUGUAAAGGAUGAAUCCUUAAGUAAGUAUUUGUAGCGUCAGUAUCACAAAUAUUUCACUACGGGAAUUUUUAUGUUGUUGGCAAAUGGUUGUUCCUGAUGGUCUCUUCACAUCACUUGAUAUUUCCAACUUUGACAUUGUGUAUUCAGUAGGAGCAAGGAAAAGAAAUAAAUAUUAAAAUUUAGUAAAAGUAGGAAUCAUGUCAGAUCAUUCGGCUCCUCCCCCUUCGUAUGAUGAAGUUAUGCGCGAAGAAGCGCAAUUACUAUCCCAAGGCAAUACGGGAGCUCAAUAUUCACAUCAAAAUCAUUCUCGUCCUUCUUCAUCCCCUCCUCUUCCAAGUCGCCCAUCACAUUCUCCCAAUGUAUCCCAGUCGAGCUUUCGUCCCCACAACCGACCUUCCUAUCCAUCAUCAUCUAGCUACCAAGGCAGCUCAUCUACAGGUGGAUAUACUGUUCCUGAUUAUGGACCUCCUAGAUUCGGAAAACGGCCACAUUCGACAAGUCAUAAUUAUCCCUCUCAUUCAUCAUCACCUGCACCACAAAGUGCUCCCAUGAACCGCCCAUACCCUUAUCCUCCUGGUUACCAUUGCUAUCGAUGUGAUAAUACAGGAUACAAACCCGGUGGCCGUCCUUGUGGCCGAUGUGCCCGUCGAUUCGGUCAUUCGUUUGAUGUUCAAUACAUGAGUUAUGGAAGGCCUCCCCCGAAUGCAUUGGUAGUGCAACCUGGUGAUCCUCGUAUUCCUGGACAUCUAUGCGGAAAUUGCAAAGGUACUGGUCAAGUCGACUUCUUGAUCUUUACGGAACUUUGUUCUGUGUGCAAUGGAAUUGGAAAGAUCCCUUAAAUUAUUCUAUUUAUGGUCCCCUGUUGGUUUAUAUUAUGUUAUCUUUGUCUCUAGUAUACGUAUUCAAUCAUUUUCUUAUCAAAAGGAAAUGGGCAGCUAUAAAGAGUCCUUUCUCUUCUAGAAAAUGGGCGGAUAGUGAUACUAUGUGAAGAGAAUCAUAUUCUAAGGUAGGUAUUACUGUUUCUAAAAAAAAAGAAAAAGAAACUAUCUGCGUAUCGUCAAGAACGAAAGUUGUGUUGCAAAUAAGUUUCGGGAAUGUAGCAUAAUGACCCAUGGUUUGCUUGCUUCUUUAUUGUACCCGAAAAGAAUGGAAUGUUACAAGAUCUAACAGUUCGAAAGGGUUUGUAUGAUAUUUAAUGACCUCUUUAUAUGUUUGUCCUUCUCUUGCCCUGAAAUCCUUUCAUCAAUGAAAGGGUUUCCAUGGCUUUGGAUUAACGAAUUACGACUUUUUUUUUCUUUUUUGUAUUGAUAAUUGUAGAAACAAAUGAACAGUUAACUUAUAAUGUCGAGUUUGAUUGUAUGCAUGUUUCAGAAAUUCUAUACGAUAAACCAAACGCAAUUUACAAGAGGUUACUCUCUAU